AUGGCUGUUGGUAUUGUCCUGCCUGGCAUCGCUGGCCUGGUCGUGGCAUUCGUGCUUUACGCCUUUCUCUUCAUCGGAAGGCGGGAGAAGGGCCUCCCUCCCGGGCCCCCCACCGCCCCCAUCAUCGGCAAUCUCCACCAGAUCCCGACCAAAGGCUCAUACCUGACCUUCACGGCAUGGGCGCGCCAAUACGGCGGUAUCUUCUCGCUCAAGCUGGGGCCCGGCACGGCCAUCGUGCUCACCUCGCGCACGCACAUCAAACAGCUCAUCGACAAGAAGUCGACCAUCUAUUCGGACAGGCCGCACAGCUACGUCUCGCACAACCUGAUCACGGGCGGCGACCACGUGCUGAUCGCCCACUACGGCAAGACGUGGCAAAAGUACCGCAAGACCAUCCACCAGCACUUCAUGGAGUCGAUCGUGAACAGGGACCAUCUGCCGCUGCAGCACGCCGAGGCCACGCAACUGCUGCACGACAUGCUCACCGCUCCUCACCAACACAUGGAGCACCCGAAGCGGUACACCAACAGCAUCGCGUGCGCGACCAUCUGGGGCGUGCGCUCGCCCCGGGUCGACACAGAGCACAUGCGCCGCCUGUACGAGCUGAUGGAGGACUGGUCCGUGGUCAUGGAGCCCGGGAAUACGCCGCCGGUCGAUAUAUUCCCACUCUUGCAUUACAUACCCGAAAAGGUGUUUGGGAAUUGGCGCAGCAGGGCUAGCCACGUGGGCGACGCCAUGAACGCCUUGUACAACGACAUGCUCACUGGGCUGGAGAGAAGGAGGGAGGCCGUGGGUAGUAAAAACUCGUUCAUGGACAGGGUGUUGGAUCAGAAGGACAAGCUCGAGCUGAACAGGCACCAGCUGUACUUUCUGGGCGGGACCAUGAUGGAGGGCGCGAGCGACACGAGCUCCAGUAUCAUCCUUGCCGCGAUCCAGGCCUUCACCAAGUGGCCUGACGUGAUGCGGAAGGCGCAAAAGGAGAUUGAUUCCGUCAUGGGCGAGGAUCGGUCACCUACGUGGUCCGACUACGCGCAGCUGCCCUACGUGGCUGCCACGGUCAAGGAAGCCAUGCGCUGGAGACCAGUGACGCCACUGGGUUUCCCACAUGCUGUCGACCAGGAUGACUGGAUCGACGGGUACAAAAUCCCCAAGGGCUCUGUAAUCUUCAUCAACGCGUGGGGUCUCCACCACGACGAGCAGCGCUUCCCGAACCCCGAUACUUUCGAUCCCGACCACUUCAAGGGUGUCACGGCGUUAGCAUCAGAACUGGCUCAAUCUGUCAAUCCAGAAGACAGGGACCACUACGGGUACGGCUCAGGCAGACGCCUGUGUCCGGGCAUCCAUCUAGCCGAGAGAAACCUUUUCCUCGGCAUCUCCAAGCUCCUGUGGGCAUUCGACUUUGCGCCGGGUACAGAUGGUCAGGGGAAGCCCACCAUGCCCGACACGAAUCCCACAACGGGCUACAGUGAAGGGUUUCUGGUGUGUGCAAAGCCUUACGCCCUGGAAGUCAAAGUGAGAUCCGAGAAGAGGCGGGAGACUAUACUCAAGGAAUUCGAGGAUGCCAAGAGAGAUGUCCUCUCGGCCUUUGAUGGCUAA